AUGCUUAGUCCACUUCGACGAGGACAUCAUCAUGAAUUUGAUGAUGAUCCCAUGUCUGCACGUACAAUAAAUGGUCAUGGAGAACAUUGGAAAUCUUCAGACCGACCAAAUGCAUCUUUUUUAAACAAUAAUAUAUUACCUGAUGUUUAUACACCACGUCCAAAUUCAUCUGCAUUAAAUCUUGAUUUAUCACGAGCAUUUCGUGUUGAUGCUUAUCUAUUAGCUAUUGUGCGAAUUGACGAUAAACGAAAUAGUUUCUAUUCGGCUGAAGUUGUUAGUAAAUUACGUCAAAAAGAACAAACACAAAAAUUUAUUAAUAAACCAUGUUCAUUAUUUGUUACUGAUCGUUCAUUUAUCAUAUUUGAUCGAGCAACACAAAUUAUUGCAGAAACAAUUCCACUUGAAAAUGUUGAUCCAACAUGUGUAUACUCUGAUGAACAAGAUACACUUAAUGAUAUAUUUAUGUAUCGUGUAUUGGAUCGGCAUUUAACAUCAAUAGCAAGUCAGGCUAGUAAUUCAAAUAGCAAUGAAUUAACACAUGCAAUUGUAUUUAAAUGUUCAAAUAAAGAAUCGAAACUUCUUGUUGAUAAUAUUCGAAGUGUAAAUGGAAAGCCAUUAAAAAGUUCUCGAAGUACUCGGUCAGAAACACGAAGUACAAUUGAUCGUCGUUUAAUUGAUACUGGGAGAACAACACCUUAUAAUUCACAACAAUUAUUACAUGAACCUUUACCAAUGAAUAAUCCAGCAUAUGUUGUUGGUCCUCAACAUUCAUCACGUACAAUAAGUCAACCACAUUCAACUGUGGUUUCAACAGAUCAUUAUAGACGUUUAACAGAAGAACUAAAUAAAUGUUUUGAUGACAUUGAAUUAUUUAUACGCUAUAUUGAAGCAAUUAUGGAAUAUACCAAAGAAUUAGAACGUGAUUAUCGACGAAAGGAUAAAAAAUCAAGUGGUUUAAAACAAAUGGUUGAAAAACUACCUGAUGACAGAUAUUUUAUUGAUAUAUUACAAAAAUUUAAACAUUCAUUUAAUCUUUUAGGUGAAUUAAAAUAUAUAAUACAUAGUCCAAAUGCACCUGAAUUAAUUCAUUAUUUAUUAUCACCAUUACAACUUAUUUUACAUACAUUACGUUCAAAACAUCCAAAUCAAUUACAAUUAGCAUACGAUAUAUGGACGCCUGCAUUAACAAAAGAAGCAAGAGAACUAUUAAUAAAUUGUUUAACAUCAAAAGAACAAGAAGUUCUAUGGAAUCUUGGUCCAGCAUGGAUUCGAACAGCUGAAGAAGUACCACAAAAAAUUGUUGAAUAUCGACCACUAUUCUUUGAAGGUCGUCCAAUAUGGUUUCAAGAACCAUCUAAUGAUUAUUCAUUACAAUCAGCACGUAGUAUCGAUGAACGUCAACCAUCAGUUUGGUCUUCUCCUCGACAACCAAAUCAAAAUAAUAAUAAUAAUGGUUCAUCAAUAAAUCAUCAUACAACAUUUGCACGACAACCAUCACCAGCUGCACAGUUUGAUACAUCAACUGUUGAUCGUUCAAAUAAAACCAGUGUAGUAGAAAAUUAUAAUGAACAUGCUUGGGCUAUUGAUAGAAAACGUGCUGGAGCAAAAAUUUAUGUUGUAAAAUUUGAUCGUCAAGGACAAAAUAAUAAAGAAUUAACUGUACGAUGUGGUGAAUUAAUUGAAAUUGAAAAUAAUUCAAAGAAAUGGUGGCGUGCAAGAAAUUUUCAUGGUGAUGUUGGUCAUGUACCACAUAAUAUUGUCGAUGAAAUCGAACUAGAACAGUUAUUAGUUAAAAAUACAUCAUCGAAUACGUCAGUCGUUCUUCCACGUCCAUCAAGUGCACCUAAUCGAGGAUUCACUCAUGUCAAUGGACAUCAUCAACAUAAUACUAAUGGUUAUACCCAACAUCUUCUUCGUUCACCAUCCAAUGGAAAUAAUUUUAUUAUGCAAUCAAAUAGCACUACAUAUACAAAUCCGACAAUUAUUAGAGAUCACUUAUUACAACAAACAUUUUCACCAUUAGUUUCUUCUCCACCACUUGCUCCUUCUCCUCCUCCACUAUCGAUUCCACCACCACCACCAAUGCCAUCACAAUUAUUAACUAAUCGAUCAUCCACAUGGUCAACAUUGCAAUUACCAGAAAGUAAUAGAAAAGGACGACGUUCUCGUUCAAAUACCAAUUUGUCUACUCAACGAGUGGAUGUAUUACAACAAGAAUUAACUCAACGUAUAACAGAUCGAAUCGGUUUUAUAAGUCCGAACUCAUCAAAAGAAGAUGUUCAACGAUGGUUAGCAUCAAAACAUAUUUCAACCAAACUUGCUCAAAAUUUACAUGGUAUGAAUGGUGAAGAAUUAUUUCAAUUAACUAAAAGUACACUUGAUCAAUUUACAAAUGAACAUGAAUCAGCUAGAAUUUAUGAAUUACUUUUACAACAAAAACAAUUAGCUGGUUAUCGAACUAGAGAUAUACCUGAAAGAUCACCACAUUUAAAUAAUAGUGCACUUAGUUCUUUUAAAGCAAAUACAAUCAAUGAUGCUGAUGAUAAUUUUUCUUUACGACCUGAUGAUACAUUAAGUCGUUCACUAAAAAUUAAAUUAAAACAACGGCGUGAUAGAAUCGAACAAGCAGAAUCAGCUGAUCCUAUUGAAUUGUAA